CAGCUCCCGACAGCGGAGCAGGGAUCAGCCCAACACCCUAGGUGUGCAGCCCGCCAUGGACCCCAAGGACCGCAAGAAGAUCCAAUUCUCGGUGCCCGCGCCCCCCAGUCAGCUCGACCCCCGCCAGGUGGAGAUGAUCCGGCGUCGGAGACCAACCCCUGCCAUGCUGUUCCGGCUCUCAGAGCACUCCUCUCCAGAGGAGGAGGCCUCUCCACACCAGAGAACCUCUGGAGAGGGGCACCACCCGAAGUCGAAGAGACCCAACCCCUGUGCCUACACUCCCCCCUCGCUGAAAGCUGUGCAGCGCAUCGCCGAGUCCCACCUGCAGACCAUCAGCAACUUGAACGAGAACCAGGCCUCGGAGGAGGAGGAUGAGUUGGGGGAGCUUCGGGAGCUGGGGUACCCAAGAGAAGAUGAUGAAGAAGACGAGGAUGAGGAUGAAGAGGAGGAUGAAGAGGAAGACAGCCAGGCAGAAGUCCUGAAAUUCAGCAGGGGAACUGUGGGGCAGAAGCUAACUUGUGGCCAGGGUCUGGAGGGACCCUGGGAGCGUCCGCCUCCUCUGGACGAGCCCCAGAGAGAUGGAAACUCUGAGGACCAAGGGGAAGACAGAGCAGCACUAAGCGAGCCCGGGGAGGAGCCUCAGCGCCCUACCCCCCCAUGAGCCUGGUACAUAAGCUCAGAGUCCUGCAUCUCCAGGAGGAAGUGCUCCCCAGAAACCCACUCUGUCCCCACCCUACUUUGUACCCUUUCUUUUACCUGCUAGGGCUGCGGCUUCUGACUUCUAGAAGACUAAGGCUGAUCUGUGUUUGCUUUGGCUGAAGCCCAGAGUCCCCGAUGCCUCUCCCUGCCAGUCACUCUUCUAUUUACCCGGUGGGAGGGGGAGGGGAGAGAGCCCACACUGGAAAAUUCAGAAGACCAGAAACAAAUAUUCCCUCUUCACAAUUCUCCUCUCUAGAUCCACUCCGCUGGGCACAGGAGACCCACAGGGCAGGACUCUAAGGUCUGGGGAAAGGAGGUACCAGAGCCUGCAAGUGCCCUGAAAUCUCCUCCUCCAUCCCCUCUUCCUGUGUGUGUGUGUGGGGGGCUUUGAGUCCCUACCCCUCUCACCAGGGGUCCAGGUCUCAGACAUUCUUUUCCACAGCCUCAACAUUUUGAAAGUCUUCCCCUAUUGUCCCAUUCCUGCUGGGUGCCUGCAAGUUGGACUGGCAGAGGCUGCUUGUUGCGUUUCCUUUCGUUUGUGCUUUGGUGCCAGGAAUGCCACUUAGUAUCUAUAUGUCCUUAGAGGGGCCACACAGUGCGGGGAGCUUGGUUCUCCUUGUCCUCCAGCUGCUUGGCUCUCUUCCCCUUCUUCCCUGACUCCAGGCCUGAACUCCUCCUAUGCUGUAAUAAAUCUUUGUAAAUAAC